GGGGUGCCAGCGGCCAACCAGGCGGCUUCUCCGCGGGUGACGAGGGCAGCGUGUCCGGGGUGUCAGUCAGAAUAUGGCCCCCAACCUGAACUCAGCGAAGAAUGCAUUCGUUUUCUUGGGAAAAUCAGUGUUUAUUCUUCUGGAGACUAUGAUUUUCACCUUAAUCUCCAAGCCACGGAAGAGCGUUGCGGGUGAAAUCGUGCUCAUAACGGGCGCCGGGAGCGGGAUCGGAAGGCUCUUGGCCCUGAUGUUUGCCCGCCUGGGAGCCGUGCUCGUGCUCUGGGACAUCAACCAGGACAGGAACGAGGAGACGUGCAGCAUGGCACGCGACGCCGGGGCCACGCGGGCCUGUGCCUACACCUGUGACUGCAGCCGAAGGGAGGACGUGUAUAGAGUGGCCCACCAGGUUAAAAAAGAAGUUGGUGACGUUUCCAUCCUAAUCAACAAUGCCAGCAUCGUAACAGGCAAAAAGUUCCUCGACUGCCCAGAUGAGCUUAUGGAAAAGAGUCUCGAUGUGAAUUUCAAAGCGCAUUUAUGGACUUAUAAAGCCUUUCUACCUGCUAUGAUUGCUAAUGCCCAUGGACAUUUGGUUUGCAUUUCAAGUUCAGCUGGAUUAAUCGGAGUAAAUGGGAUGGCAGAUUAUUGCACAAGUAAAUUUGCAGCCUGCGGAUUUGUGGAAUCUAUUUUUGUAGAACUAUUUGCCCAGAAAAUAAAGGGUAUUAAAACCACCAUCGUAUGCCCAUAUUUAAUAAGUACUGUAAUGUUUGAAGGUUGUACUACUGGCUGUCCUUUUCUGUUACCAAUUAUAGAACCAGAAUAUGCAGCCAGGAAGAUAGUAGAUGCUAUCCUGCAAGAAAAGGUGUACUUGUAUAUACCAAAGUUUCUGUACAUUGCUAUGUUUUUAAAAAGUAUCCUUCCCAUUAAGUUGACAAUGCUCAUAAAUGAAUAUCUGGGCUCCCUCAAUAUAAUGGAUAACUUCAUUGAAAAAAAGAAGAGCUAAAGACCAACUCUAUGGCUGAUGUCAUCUGAUACUUAACACUACAUAUUGCUUAUUUCAGGGAAGACGGGGAUUUUUGUCUGAUGGAAUAUAUCUGGAGACUAUAAGUACCAUUCUUGUUCUUCUAUCUGGAUUAGUAUUUUCAACCAAUACUUUUGAAAUAAUGUUGCUAUCUGCUUUUUUGUUGAUUUUUUUUUAAUUAAUAAAAAGAGCUCAUUUUUGUCAUCCUUGCUGGCCAUAAAAGGAAGGAAGAGAGAGAGAACCACCCACAUGAUGAGUGUUUAACUGGAGUGUCCUCUUUCCAGAGGACACAGAGCUCUGGAUUUCCUGUCACCUUGCUCUCAGCCUUAGCCUUUUUGAACCUCUGUGUGCCCCCUGCUGUAGAAAAAGCCAGCCUCCUGUGUCCAUCUAUCCAAAGAAGCCACACAAAUGCUUACUUGUACAUGGCCUGGAUGCUCACAGAGUAAGUGCCAAUCCUACUGAAGGCACAUCAGGUGCCACUGUGAGGGAGCCUUACUGUCCAUUCCCUGAAAUCGCUAGUAGACUGUGACCCUACAUCCAACUCUGAAUGGGAUCACAUUUUUUUCCUAAAAAGAAAUCAAAGAAAAUGACAUUCUACUGAAUUAGAUGAACUGCUACAUAUUAAUCCAGAAAACACACUCAUGUAGUUAAUUUCAGGUGUUUAGUAUUUCACGUUGAGAGUCAUGUUGAGUUGUUUAUCCCCA